GGUGAUAAAAAGUUCAGACUGAAGUUUCCAGUGAAGCAAAACGUUUCAGACCAAACUUCUUCAUCAGCUGUGUACACACAGUGCUUCUGAGGUUGUAUUGUUUAUUUAUCCUGUAUUUAUAUAACUCACCUGAAGAAAUGGCUGAGUUUGGAAAGGGAAAGUCAAGUAAAGGGAUCCUGCAAAGCAUUCGAGACAGAAUUCGAAUGUGGAAGCAGAAGAGCUUCAGGAAGAAAUUUAAAGCGCAGAGUGUGCAGGAAAGCACAGAGGACGAUGUAGCGAGAGAGAGGGAGGAAUGGAAGAAAGAGAGAGGCGUGGCAGGGCAAAAGAGAGUGGAGGUCAGGUGUGAGUUGAUGGUGAAGGCAGGGCAGCUGGAUUCAGAGGGAGAGCAGCAGCAGGUCGAGUCGGAGAACGAGGGGAAGAAAUGCACUGAACUAGAGAGAGAAAAAACAGAGAUGGAGGCCUGCUGCAUGUGUCAGAAGCUGCUGGAGAAAGACAGCAUGCUGAAAAAAAUGCAAGAGGAAAAGGAAGAGAUGGACAAAAAGAUGAGAGAGCUUGAGAAGGAUAGAGAGAGACUCAGAGAUCUCAGACGGAGGAAGAAAGAGCAGAGAAAUAGUCUGCGUGAAGAAAUGCAGAGAGCUUUAACAGAGUUUAAGAAGGAACAGGAGGAGAAAGAUAGAGCUCAACUGAUGCUCUUGGAGGAUUUAAUGAGAAGGGUUAAGAAUCUGCAACAAGCCCAGGCUCAGAUAAAUGAGGAGAGGGACAUGAGAGAGAGAAAGAGAACGGACGACAGGGAUAAGUUGGUGAUGAAGGUGGGGCAUGUGGUAGCCACGUUUGCUGUAGACAGAGAGCAGCAGGAUAGAGAGGAGGCCGUGCUGGAGAAUGAGAGGAAGAAAUGCGCUGAAAUAGAGAGAGAAAAACGAGAGAUGGUGGCCUCCUGGAGAGAGCAGUGCAGGGUGUGGCUUCAGCAGAUGCAAGAGAAAGACAGCGCGCUGGAUAAAAUACGAGAGGAAAAGGAAGAGAUGGCCAAGAAGUUACAAGAACUUGAGAAGAAAAACGAGAGACAAAAACAUCGCAUAUGGAUGGAGCUGAAUAAUCUGCGAGAAGAAAUGCAGAGAGAUACAAGAGAAAUUAAGAUGGAGCUGGAGGAGAAAAAUCUGGAUCUGGAUCAAACCCAGGCUCAGAUAGAAGAGGAGAAAGAGCAGCUCCAGAACGAAAGACAGAAAGAGCUGCAGCAGAGCGAGACAGAGGCUAGAGAAGCUGAGAUGGAAAGUCUGUCUGAUGCUCAGAUGGAUGCAGAAACGCAGACUGAAGAAGUGGAGGAGCGAGACAACCUGAAGGUGCGAGAGGUGGAGGAGAGGAACCCUGCGCUUCUGCAACACAUCGGUGAGCUCCAGGCUUCCAUCUCACGCUUUGAGGAACGAGAAAAGAUAGCCGAGGCGAUGAGAGAGGUGUUGGAGAAAGAUAAAGAGAGCUGGAAGAAAGAGAGAGAGAACUGGAAGAAAGAGAGAGCGUUCUGGGAGGAAGCAACAGAAAGAUGGGAGAAUGAGAGAAAGAGCUCCGAGAAAGAGAGAGAAAGCUGGGAGAAAGAGCGAGAGAGCUCAAAGAAAGAAAGAGAGAGCUGGGAGAAAGAGAGAAAGAGCUGGGAGAAAGAGAGACAGAACUGGGAAAGAGAGAGAAAGAACUGGGAGAAGGAGAGAAAGAACUUGCUGAGAGAGAGAGACGCGCUGAAAAACAUGUACAUGCCUGUUUGGUUUUAGAGACAGAGCAGUGGCAGCAGGAGAAAGAAAUAUAGAUACAGUUUUAUCAUGUAGAAUAAAUG